AUGGGAGAGAUGUCAAAAAUUCAAUUGGGAGUUAUUGGUGCACUAUUUCUCUCCGUGGCUUCUUCUGUCUCAAUUGUCAUAUGCAACAAAGCCUUAAUGAGCAACCUUGGAUUUCCAUUUGCUACAACACUUACAAGUUGGCAUUUGAUGGUUACUUUUUGCACUCUUCAUGUUGCUCAACGCUUGAAUCUGUUUGAGGCCAAACCUGUUGACAUGAAAACAGUCAUGCUUUUUGGUAUUCUAAAUGGUGUCUCCAUUGGAUUUCUCAACUUGAGUCUUGGUUUCAAUUCAAUUGGAUUCUACCAGAUGACGAAACUCGCAAUCAUACCAUUCACAGUUAUGCUAGAAACUAUUUUCCUAAAGAAGCAAUUCAGCCGGAAAAUAAAACUGUCUCUAUUCUUUUUACUUGUUGGAGUUGGCAUUGCCUCUAUCACAGAUCUUCAACUCAAUUUUCUUGGAACCAUUCUUUCACUUCUAGCUAUCAUAACAACAUGUGUUGGCCAAAUUCUUACCAAUACAAUCCAGAAGAAACUUAAUGUGACUUCCACACAACUUCUAUACCAGUCUGCUCCAUUCCAAGCAGCAAUUCUGUUUGUUUCAGGCCCUUUUGUGGAUCAGAUGCUAACCAAGCAAAAUGUCUUUGCAUACAAAUAUUCUCCUAUAGUUUUGACAUUCAUCGUCAUGUCAUGUGUGAUAGCUGUUUCUGUGAACUUCAGCACUUUUCUAGUAAUAGGAAAAACAUCUCCAGUAACAUAUCAAGUUUUGGGCCACCUCAAAACUUGUCUUGUCCUAGGAUUUGGCUACACAUUGCUCCAUGACCCUUUCACUGAGAGGAACAUUAUUGGAAUACUAGUAGCAGUUUUUGGAAUGGGAUUGUAUUCUUAUUUCUGCACUCAAGAAAGCAAAAAGAAACUCUUAGUUGAUCCUCCUCUCUCAUCUCAGGUUAAAGACAAAGAUAAUUCACCAGUUUUGAAUGGUAAUCAAGAAAAGGAGGGUCAUGAUUCAAAGAAAAUAAGCAAGGAUUCUCUUGUUUAA